GUAUUGGCACGCUCUACAGUGUCGCUGCUGAUAUUGAUUUAGUCUACGACGAUAUGCGGUACGAGCAUUGCCGCUUUUCCGCAUGCUCGUGGAAAAUUCUGUUGGAUUCAUCGACGGUUGUCCAACACCAGUUAUUGUGCGAGCUCUUUUACAAGCUUCCAAAUUUGCAGACAAUUGUUGGAAGAUCAGAUCCAUUCAAGUUGCAAGCAUCGCUAGACCAGGGGACAUUCCUAUCAGUGAUCAGGCAUACCUCGUAUACAGACACAGUUUUGUUCUGCGAUGUACAGGUCAGCCGGAUAGGGCUCUAUUCAUCAUCGGCAAAUUUCUGGAUACGCUGCCUUUUAGCUACACGCUGAGCCCCCUUCUCAACGCAAUCUAUGGACUUCUUCUUAGCUCAUUAUCAUGGGCAUACAUUUCACAAAGAAAGUUCACAGAUGCUAUCUCGGUGGGCUCACAGUGGAUUCCUGGCGUAAGCUUGUACGAAACAAGAGCCGAGCAAAAGAUAGUCACUGCUAGAGCCAUCGCUCACAGGCACCUGGGAAGACUAGAUCACGCUAUCCGUGAUCCAAAAUCUGUGCUAUCUGCGUCAACCAUAUCUCGUGCUCAACUGUACACGGUCGCAAGCUUAAGCGACGUGUAUUGUGAGAAACAGCAGUUUCGGCUCGCCUACGACGUGUUGGAGGCGAACGCCAAAACAUCAGGCUUAUCGCUAACAAACGUGGACGUGAUACCUCUACAAGACACGUAUUACAGAACACUAUUACUAUCGUUCUCCCACGUCUGCUCCUGUCUUGGGAUGUACGUUGAGUCGGAUGCCGUUCUAUUGCGACUUAAAGAAUACUUUGGCCCCGGCCCAUUUGCUACAACAAAUGAUCAGCAAAGACUCGUUCGGACGCUUGUUCUCCUCGCACAAAAUCAACAUCGACAGGCUACAGACUUGAUACAAUGGCAUUGCGCAGUAGAUUCCUGGCACAAUCUGAUACAUAUUGCCAUUUAUGAGUAUCAGUCAGUUAGUAAGUCAGGGUGGGACUACGCAUUGAUCUGUCUUUCCCUCCAUCACGCCCGGAGAAUGGCCAUGAAAGAAAAAGCAGAUGACAGAUGGUUACGGAAAGCGAGCGAGAUAUUUCUAGCACCCGUGGAGGAUCACUUCUGGAUACCAAGUAUGCUGAGUAAUUGGGUGUCCUACAUCCUAGACCAGGAUUUUGGACUGAGCGCUGAAUUACGCUCCCGCAUCAUGGUCUGCGCCAGACUAUCUUGACGUCACAACUGUUCGACCCUAGGAGACUGAGCAGGGGUACUGCUACGAUUACGAGGCCCCAACGAUGCGUGUAUAAGCCUGCUCUGCCCUCUAGUACGACAUGAGUUUGGCACAUAACAACAACAUAGUAAUGUCCCAUCCCUGGGUUAUGGGACGCACCCCAAGGUGGGACGGUUUUGCACCU